AUGAGUAGUGACAUAACCGACUUAGUACUUAAUAAUUUAAACAAGAGCUAUGAAACCAAAGAUCCAAUAGAUGAGAAAUUAAUUGAUAAUUAUACUCUUAUUUUAACAAAGGAAUUGAUUUAUGAAAAUGAUAAUUUAAAUAAGUUAAUAACAAUUUUAAAUCACAUUUUAAAUGAUAAUAAAUAUUUUGAAAUCGAUCCAAAUGUUAUAUUAUUACAUUUAUUAAAUAAAAUAUUAUCAUUCUUGAAUUUUAAACAAAUUUUAGAAUUUUAUUCAGAAGAAUUUAUAACAAAACAUUUAUUUUCAUUUAAUAAUUCAACUAUUGAUACUAUUUUAUGUAUUGGAAUAUUAACUUCAAAUUUACAUCAAUUUGAAACUCAACAAUAUAUUUUAAAAAAUGAUGUUAUAAAGAAAUUAAUUGAAGAAUAUUUUAAUGAAGAUACACCAAUUGAAGUUUUAAAUUCAAUUGAAAAAUUAAUUGAAAAUUUAUAUACAAAUGAAUUAAAUCUACUAGAUAAUUCAUUUGAUAUUUUUGAAAAGGUUAAGAAUCUGGAUAAUUCAAUAUUGGUAUCUCGAUAUUUGGAUUUAUUACUUAUAUUGUCUACAAAAUUUGAUAGUUUGAAUUCUAAUUUAUAUCAAUUUAACACCGAUGAGAUUUUGAAAUUUAAACAUGAUACAUUAUUCUUAGUUAUACUAAUUCAAUUUUAUAUCAAAUUAUGUGAUACAACAUUAACUAUCGAUAAAACAUUAUUUAAUAUUAUAACACUAUAUAGGAAAAAAGAAUUUGAUGAAAUUAUAAAUUUAGAAAUAAUAAACUUAAUUUCCAAAAUGUCAUAUACUUCAAGAUUAACUUCAAUAUUGGAACAUUUUCAAAUUUUUAAAACUCAUAAUUUAAUUAAAAUUUUUGAUAAAGAUGAAGAAGAAAUUAAAUUAUUAAGUCAAUCAAAUCCAAAUUUAAUUUAUAAUUUAAAUAAUGAUAUUUUUUCAGAUGUUUUAGUGAAUUUACCAUUAUUUGAUGAUAAAUUUUUCCCCAUAUUGUUAAAUUUUAUAAAAUCUCCUGAUGUAUGGAACUUAAUAAAACCAAAAUUAAAUGAAGAUAAAUUACAAAAAUUAUCAAAAUAUAAAUUAUUUUUAUUAUUAUUAACUUUAUCUCAGUAUGAAUGGAGUAAAAUAUAUUUUUUUGAAAAUUUAUCAAAAAUCUUACUGGAAGAAAUUAUAAAUUCUGAUAUUAGAAAUAAUGAAAUUUGGAAUUUAAAAUUAGAAAUUUUGGAAAAUUUAAAUAAUACAGAAGAUAAUGUAUCAGGUUAUGCAAAAUGGAACACUCAACUAAAGCAAGCUUAUGAUAAGAUGAGAUUUGGUGAAAAUUUCAAAAAUAUUCAACCAAAAGUUGAAGUAAUUGAUGAAGCUAUGUAA